CCCGCCCAGCUUGCUUCUCUACUUUCUCGACCCUCUGCGUUCGACAGACCCACCCCCUCGACCGUCGCCAUGGUUACGGUCCGCAACCCGUUCAAGCGGCAGAACUCGGUCGACGCUGUCGCCGACCCGACCCUCCAUCAGACCGUCUCGAACGAGGUCAAGACGCCGUCCGACGAGAAGGACGGCUACGCCGCCGACGUCCAGGACACGCUCCCGAUCGACAACCCGUACGGCGAGGUCCACAACGAGAAGAACCUGCUCGCCAACGGCAAGGAGCGCCCUAUCGAGACCGCCGAGGACAUCGCGACGCGCUGCAUCUCGCUCGAGGACGACCCGAACAUGGUCAUCCACACCUUCCGGAUGUACUUCCUCGCCAUCGGCCUCACCUGCUUCGCCGCCGUCCUCGGCCAGAUCUUCUACUUCCGCCCUCAGACGGUGUACGUCUCGCAACUGUUCCUCCAGGUCAUCGCCUUCAUCCUCGGCCGCACCUGGGCCGCCGUCCUUCCCAACGCGUCGCGCGGCAAGUUCUGGGCGUUCCUCAACCCGUGCGAGUUCACGCUCAAGGAGCACGUCGCCAUCCUCAUCAUGAGCUCGACCGCCACCUCGUCGGCCGAGGCCAUCUCGGUGUUCGCCGCCGACGACCUUUACUACGGCAUCACGCCCAACUAUGGCGUCGCCAUCUUUACGCUCCUCGGCUCGCAGCUUCUCGGAUACGGCAUCGCCGGCCUCCUCCGCUCGUUCUGCGUCUUCCCGACCUACAUCGUCUACCCGAACCUGGUCCCGACGGUCAACUUGUUCGACGCCCUGCACCGCGACAAGGACGUCGGCGCGCAGAAGAAGCGCCUGCGCUUCUUCUGGUACGUCUUCAUCGCCAUUUUCUGCUGGGAGUGGGUCCCCGAGUUCAUCGCGCCGACCCUCACGGGUAUCUCGAUUUUCUGCCUCGCCAAGCGGGACUCGGCAUGGGUCACCCGCAUCUUCGGCGGAGCCAACGGCAACGAGGGCCUCGGCAUGUUCUCGAUCUGCCUCGACUGGAACUAUGUCGGAUCCGGCGGCGGCUCGCUCGGCGCGCUCUUCACGCCGUUCACGACCCAGGUCUCGCAGUUCAUCGGAAUCGGUCUCUGCAUCAUCCUCUUCUGCUCAAUGUACGCCACCAACACGUGGAACGCCGCCGCCUUCCCCUUCCUGUCGCAGAAGCUGUUCUACAAGAACGGCUCGGACUACGACCAGCUCGCCAUCCUCAACGCCGACUUCUCGCUCAACGAGGCCGCCCUCGCCGAGCAGGGCAUUCCCUGGUACGCCGCGUCGAACGCCAUCUACUACCUCGGCUGCAACCUCGCCAUCGGUGCGACCCUCACGCACGUCGCCAUCUGGUACUGGCGCCCGAUCCUGAACGCCAUCAAGGGCUUCCGCACUCGCUCGAUCGAGGACCCGCACUACCAGAAGAUGCUGGUCUACAAGGAGGUGCCGAUGUGGGUCUACGGCGGCAUCAUCCUCGCGUCGUUCGCCAUGGCCAUGGCCACCUGCUACACCGGCCACUCGCAGCUGCCGUGGUGGGCUUUGAUCGUCGCCAUCCUCCUGGCCUUCUUCAUGUUCCCCUUCGUCUGCGUCAUCUACGCCAUCACGGGCUUCAAGACGGACGUGCAGCAGCUCGCGCAGAUGCUCGGUGCCGCCCUCGUCCCGGGCAACUCGCAGGCCAACAUGUACUUCACCCUGUACGGCUACAACUCGUGCGCCCAGGGCCUGUCGCUCGCUCGCGACCUCAAGAUGUCGCAGUACACCAAGCUGCCUCCUCGCGUCACCCUCUUCGUCCAGUCGCUCGGCACCGUCAUCGGCGCCAUCCUCCAGCUCAUCAUCAUGAAGUCGGUCAUCAGCGCUCAGCGUGAGCUGCUCCUCGACACCCAGGGCUCCAACAUCUGGUCGGGCCAGCAGGUCCAGUCGUUCAACUCGCAGGCCGUCUCGUGGGGCGCCCUCGCCAAGCACAUGUACGGCCCGGGCUCGCCGUACCAGAUCAUCCCGUACUCUAUCCUCGUCGGCCUCGCGGUCCCGCUGCCGUUCUACUUCGCGCACAAAUUCUGGCCUAAGAUGCGCUUCGACCAGUUCGUGUCGCCGAUCACCUGCUGGUGCCUCGGCAACCUCUCGGUCGGCAUCAACUCGUCCAUCUUCACGACGAUGCUCCUCGCCAUCUUCUCCCAGUUCUACCUUCGCCGGUACCGCGCCACCUGGUUCCGCAAGUACAACUACCUCAUGUCGGCGGCGCUCGACGGCGGCACGCAGCUCUUCGUCUUUAUCGCCACCUUCGCGCUCUUUGGUGGUGCUGGCAGCGAGCAGACGAUGCCCAACUACGCGCUCAACCCAACGGGCAACCUCGACUACUGCAUGCGCCUUACGUAGACGGCGCGAGAAGGUGGUUUAGGAAGAGGAGAAGACGGAUUCCCCCAGUUGUGCUUUAGUUUUACCCUUCGUUCGUUCUCUCGCACUGUGUCUACAUAGUGCGCCCGGGUCUGCAAUCAGCGCGAUUGCUCAGUC